AUGAAGAGCUGGUUCGAGAAGAGCGUGCGGUUUUUUGUGUCGGCACUGGUUUGGGUUUCGCGAGUAGAGGUUCGCUUUUUGGUUGAGACGGACCCAGAGGCGGGCGCGCGCAAGAAGGGCAACGCGGAGAAGGGUUUGUUUGCGAAGCACGUUGUGCUGGUGUCAUCGUGCAAAGGCGGCGUCGGGAAGUCAACGUUAUCUGUGAACUUAGCCUAUAUUUUGAAGGCGCGCGGCUGCGCUGUGGCGAUAUGCGACUUGGACGUGUACGGACCGAGUUUCAGCGUUCUGCUGCCGCUGCAGAGUGUGAACAUCGAGCAGAAGGUGUACUUCGAGAAAGACGCUGGCGAAUCGGACAACAAGAUGGUGCCGUUGGAGUACGGCGGCGUGAAGUUGAUGUCGGCGAGCUACAUUCUCGCGCCGGAACAGUUUAACGGCGUUCGCGGCGCGAUGGCGGCACGACUCUGCAACGAGUUGCUGUUCAACGUGCGCUACGGGCCGCUGGACUAUUUGAUCGUCGACACGCCCCCGGGCACGGGCGACGUGCACAUCUCGCUGGUAGAAGAGUUAGAGGUGGACGGCGUGCUGGUGGUGUCGAAUCCUGCAGAGCUGUCGUACGCGGACGUGCAGCGCGGCAUUCGCUUUUACGAGACGUUCAGCGUGCCGAUCCUCGGCGUGAUCUUGCCGAGCGUCACACUGGAAGACGUGGGUGGCUUGGCCUCCGUGAAGAAGUUUUUGGCAGAACAGUUUAUCGAUCCGAUCCUGCAUCUCAGCGAAUACGUCGCGGCGGGGCUGCCCGACGCGUCGGGAGUGCUGCUGCACGGACCGCCGGGCUGCGGCAAGACGCACCUGGCAAAGGCGAUCGCAAACGCGUGCGGCUCCCGAUUCAUGCUGGUCAAUGGCAGCGAGCUGCUGGGCCGCUACGUGGGCGAGAGCGAGGAGCGCGUCAAACAACUCUUCGAGAAGGCGCGCGUCUACGCGCCGUGUCUGAUCUUCUUCGACGAGUUCGACGCGCUCUGCCCGAGCCGCGCGAACGCGGACACGCACGAGGUGUCGAAGCGCGUGGUGAACCUCUUGCUCACCGAGCUGGACGGCGUGCGGCGCCGACCGGGCGUGUUUGUCGUCGGCGCGACGAACCAACCGAGUCUCAUCGACGAAGCCGUGCUGCGCGCGGGGCGCUUCGAACACAAGAUCUUCAUCGGGCUGCCGGACGCGACCGAGCGCGAAGACAUCGUGAAGCGAACUGGAGCAGCAUGCCUUUAA